CUUAAGGACAGCCAAUACAAUGGCCGCCCUGGCCAGCUUGACCGCCCAGUACACGGAUUCCGAGAAUGAAGGCGACGCCAGUCCGGAUUCCCAAAACUCCACGGCGUCUCAGGUAAUAAUCCCGCCCAAGCGGCCCUCGCCCACGCCCACCAAACAGGAUGGGGAGAACAAGCGGUCCAAGGAGAAGAAAAAGAAGCGGGCCAAGAAAGUGCGAAGACUGGUGAGCUACCAGGAUGACACUCUGAUUUCCGACGAGGAUGAGGAUCGGGCAGCAGCGGCCUCCAGCGAGGAGGAGUCCAGCAGUGACGAGGCCAGCGAUAGUUCCGACUCCCAGAGCGGCGAUAGUCCCAAAACCAAGGAUAAGGGCAAUGCAGGAACCGGCUCCAAGGACGGAGACACCCCCAUGGAGGUGGACGAGGAAUCCGGCGGAUUCCAGGCCGAAGAACGUACCGCUGAGAGCUACGAAAAGGAUCCCAAGUACGCCAAGUACAAGUUCCAGCUGCCACCCGAACCCAAGGGCAAACCGUCCGCCGAAUUGGUGGCCAAAAUUACCAAGAUGUACACGAAGAUGCGCCAGACCAAUAUGGACAUGAAUCGGGUGAUACAGGACCGCAAGGAGUUCCGUAAUCCCAGCAUCUAUGACAAAUUAAUCAGCUUCUGCGACAUCAACGAGUUUGGCACCAACUAUCCGCCCGAGAUCUACGAUCCCUUGCAGUGGGGCGAGGAGUCCUACUACGAGUCCUUGGCGGCAGUCCAGAAAACCGAAAUGCUGAAGCGGCAAAAGGAUCGCAAGGACAUGGACAAGGUGGAGCAGGCCACAGCUUUGGCCAGAAAAGUCGAAGAGGAGGCCAAAAAGCGCAAAUCCAAGUGGGAUCAGCCGGCACCUUCUUCAACCGUUGUUAAACCCACUCUUCCUGCUCUAACUACAACUGUUACGGGCACCAAAGGCACCGUCAUCUCCGCCUUUGGAUCGCUCCCCAAAAAACCAGCCGUUUAG